CCAUGGACACUCUCGAUUUAUUUCUGCUCGUUUUACUUCUUGAGACUAUAUCUACAACGGCGUUCCAGAAUUGUCCCGCAACGAAAAUAACCCUGUCCUUUACUAAAUGUCCUAGUACAGAAAAGUCAUGGAUGGAAGCCGCAGAAAGGAAAAACUGUUCAAGUAUUCCCCAGAACUGUACCAGCCCAGAGAAUUUUAGAUACCACUGUGUUGCAAAUGCUUUCAUGAAUCAAACCAUUGAAGUGUGUGCACCUGGUUUAUAUCUUUUGGGAUUUUGUCCAGAGUACAAUUUUCAAGGAGAACGAAUACAAGACAACUAUAAUGCAGAUUGUAAAAAUUUUUCAAUGCCUUGCCCCAGCAGAUACAAGUCAUGGAUGUCCUUUAAAUAUCCAGGAUGUGUUUCUCUGAGAAAGUUAAACGACAGAAGCCAAGCACCUGGAUUCCAUAAAUCAAACGUGAACAAAACUGCUUUAGCAAUCGAUGUAGGGAUGCAGGAGGAAAAGGAAUUGGGAUCGUGA